AUGGAUUUGCAGCUUCGCCUUUUCCGUCGUCAGUAUCUGCAGCUCGUCGAGCCAGACUUUCUUGCCUGGCCGCCAAAACAACUUCUUCGAGACGCAAGUGUUCAGACGUGGCUCUACCGGGCUCUAUUUAACUCUGAUAGAGUAGCGAGGCUUCCACCAGAGCGCUACCAACUUCGUGUCCUCAAGCCAUUGCUCGCCAGAAUCGAGCAGUCCAUCGAGGAUCCCGAGGAAGAUGAGAUCUCAGACCAGCUUAUGUCGCAUCUUUCCGCACUUAUGGCUACAGCGCUGCCUUCCGAGAUGGCUGCUGCGCAACGGAAAACGUAUGUCACGUUCACCUGCAUAGGACCAGGCCAAGCUGAAGUAGGCGAGACGGACGAUCCUACAAUCACCCUUCUGGAGCGGAGACACUUGAUAUCCGGCUCACAGACUACAGGCUUCCGGACAUGGGAGGCUGCUUUGCACCUUGGCUCGUACCUAUUGACUUCGCAGGGCUCAGAUAUUGUACGUGGAAAAAGCAUACUCGAGCUUGGAGCAGGAACUGGCUUCCUUUCCGUUCUCUGUGCCAAACAUCUUCAAGCCAAGCAUGUCACGGCGACGGAUGGCGACGAAGGCGUAGUUGAGGCGUUGAGGGAGAAUCUGUUCCUCAACAAUCUCGAUGACGAGCAGCGAGUGCUUACGAGCAUCCUGCGUUGGGGCAGAGGGUUGAAAGGGACUUGGGUUGAGGAAGACUGUGAGGCUUGGCCGUAUGACGUUGUCAUCGGAGCUGACAUUACGUACGACAAGGUCGCCAUCUCAGCGUUGAUCGCUACACUGCGUUUCCUCUUCGAUCUGCGGCCGUUCCUAAUCGUAAUCAUUUCUGGCGCGGUGAGGAACGCAGAUACAUACGAUGCGUUCCAGCAAGGUUGCACGCGAGCCGGCUUUGUAGUCACAGAGGUGGACUUCCAUGCGAAGCCCUUGCGUGAGCAGAAAGCGUUAUUCUAUGCAACAGCAGUACCAAUGAAAAUGGUAAGCAUCACAAAGCCGCGACCGGAUCAAACCUAGUAUAUUGCGUCACUUUGAGACAGAGUAGUUGAUCUAGCAUUUGUGUGUGAAAACUAUAUUCCUGCUUAUGUUGAAUAUGGUCAUACACUGCUUCCUUUCGCAUCGAAGAGCACGGAUAAAGCGGCUAAUCUUCGGCACGCUCAAGAAUUGGUAUAUAUGAACAUAAGAAAUUUUUAGCGACAAUCCAAG